GGUGUCCACGGGGCUCAGCGAUCCGCCUGCCCCGGGGGCCCGGAGCUGCGGCCCGGCCAACUCCGACACGGGGACGCCGCCACGGGAACUCGAGGCUGGGUCUCAGGAGCCGGAUUCCUGCAUGGUGGGACUCCACGCGGAGAGACAGUGCCUCUUCCUAGGCGCUCCUAACCCGAUCGCAGCCACACUCUGGCCCUCGUGGGUGCCCGGUCACACCUCAGAGUCUCCGCCUCCGAGUUCCAGCACCUACAGGCCCGAGAGGGAUGUGAAACCCCCAAAAAUGACCCUGUUACCCGGAGACAACUCAGACUACGACUACAGCGCCCUGAGCUGUGCUUCGGAUGCCUCCCUCCACCCUGCCUUCUUCCCGCAGCGCCAGGCCAUCAAGGGGGUCUUCUACCGCCGGGCCCAGCGGCUCGGGCCCCAGGACGACCCCCGCCAGGGCUGCGCGCCCGGGGACCGCCGCCGGCAGAUCAUCAUCAACGUGGGUGGCAUCAAGUACUCGCUGCCCUGGACCACGCUGGACGAGUUCCCGCUGACGCGGCUGGGCCAGCUCAAGGCCUGCACCAACUUCGACGACAUCCUCAGCGUGUGUGACGACUACGACGUGACCUGCAACGAGUUCUUCUUCGACCGCAACCCGGGGGCCUUCGGGACCAUCCUCACCUUCCUGCGGGCCGGCAAGCUGCGGCUGCUGCGGGAGAUGUGCGCGCUCUCCUUCCAGGAGGAGCUGCUCUACUGGGGCAUCGCGGAGGACCACCUGGACGGCUGCUGCAAGCGCCGCUACCUGCAGAAGAUCGAGGAGUUCGCCGACAUGAUGGAGCACGAGGAGGAGGACGAGCCGCUGGACAGCGAUGACCGCGACAGCGAGGGACCCUCGGCCGGCGAGGGGCGCCUGGGUCGCUGCAUGCGGAGGCUGCGCGACAUGGUGGAGAGGCCACACUCCGGGCUGCCUGGAAAGGUGUUCGCCUGCCUGUCCGUGCUCUUUGUCACUGUCACCGCCGUCAACCUGUCCGUCAGCACCUUGCCCAGCCUGCGGGAGGAAGAGGAGCAGGGCCAGUGUUCCCAGAUGUGCCACAGCGUCUUCAUCGUGGAGUCGGUGUGCGUGGGCUGGUUCUCCCUGGAGUUCCUCCUGCGCUUGAUCCAGGCGCCCAGCAAGCUCGCCUUCCUGAGGAGUCCUCUGACGCUCAUCGACCUGGUGGCCAUCCUGCCCUACUACGUCACGCUGUUGGUGGACGGCGCUGCGUCGAGUCGCCGCAAGCCCGGCACGGGCAACAGCUACCUGGACAAGGUGGGCCUGGUGCUGCGCGUGCUGCGGGCCCUGCGCAUCCUGUACGUGAUGCGGCUGGCGCGCCACUCGCUGGGGCUGCAGACUCUGGGGCUCACGGCCCGCCGCUGCACCCGCGAGUUCGGGCUCCUGCUGCUCUUCCUGUGCGUGGCCAUCGCCCUCUUUGCCCCGCUCCUCUACGUCAUCGAGAACGAGAUGGCCGACAGCCCCGAGUUCACCAGCAUCCCUGCCUGCUACUGGUGGGCCGUCAUUACCAUGACGACCGUGGGCUACGGAGACAUGGUGCCCAGGAGCACGCCGGGCCAGGUGGUGGCGUUGAGCAGCAUCCUCAGCGGGAUCCUGCUCAUGGCCUUCCCGGUCACGUCCAUCUUCCACACCUUCUCCCGCUCCUACCUGGAGCUGAAGCAGGAGCAGGAGAGGGUGAUGAUCCGCAGGGCUCAGUUCCUCAUCAAAAGCAAGUCGCAGCUCAGCGGCAUGUCCCAGGACAGCGACCUCCUGUUCGGAAGUGCUUCGUCGGACACCAGGGACAACAACUGAGCUGGGUGGACGCGCCCCUGCCCUGCCUGCCACCUGCGGCUUGACGCUUCUCGCCAUGCACCAACCAAAGCCUGGAAGCGGACGGACUGCUUCCACACCGGCCCGCCUAGGACUGAGGAGUGAGCCAUGCCCAAGGAAGGACACACAUGCCACAUGGCCCACGGUCCCUGCCCUCCUUCCCUCCAAGCCCAGCAGCGAAAGGAGCCAGUGUGGGGCAGGCCCUGGUCCUGUGUCUGCCAUCUGCCACCCUCCCUCCCUCGGAACCUCACCGGUUCCCCCCACGGUGUAAAUAAAUGACAUGCCCAGCGCAGCCUUGUGUACACGCCUGCUCUGCCCGGAUGGAGAAAAACAGGAGCGACGCCGUAGCCAGGCCUGAGUGUGUCCCCGGAAAGAGGAAGAAACCGCUGUCUUCAAAGACGGUGCCCUCUCCCAGCGAAGCCAACACAGGGGUACGGGAAGUGAGUGAGUGACGGGGCUGCCAGCUGGGGUCGCUUGGCUAGCCGGUGAGGUCCUAGCCAGUUGGGAGGGGAAAGAGGAGAACAGAUCUUUAGGAAAACUGCCAUCAGCGCUGGGUUCUUGCACUUUUCAUGCCUGCUCCUGCGGCUCAGACUCUUCCUUUCCCUUCCUCUCCCGGUCUCUCUUCUCCACAUACUCCUGGAAGGCUGCCCCUCAAACUACCCACCAGUCGUGGGUGGGGUGGAGGGACCCCAAAGAAACAUUCUCGGCUUACUUCAAAGGUGAAAUCUCUUCAUUUUAUCUUUAAAAAAAAACUAAGUUUUUAUUCUAUUCCACAUUUUAACAUUACAAAGGCACUUUUAACCAUUUUCCCAGAUCUCAGUUGGAAAACCCCAGAGGAAACUGGCUUCUUGGUCGCUGGGCAACCUGCAAAGGAUACUGGGGUGGGGGGGCUCCGUGUGCCCCAAAAAGGGGGCACCUGCUGGACCCAGGACCAUGCUCCAGCUUCAGAAAGUACAGGUAGUGGACUGAGAGGACCCCAGGCCAGUCCAGAACAUUCUGCCUUGGCUCAGUGUCAGAGCUCUGCGUGUCUGGCAUGGGGAGGGGACUUCACACCCUUGUCACACCCACAGCACAGAUGACAGAAGGUUGCUCGUAUCCCACACCUGACUUACCUGGGCCGCUCUCCUCAGCCAAGCAGGAGAAACAGCCUGCUUCUGACUACCUGCUGGCUAGCUUCCAAACCCAUCACAUGGGCAGUAAAAUCCAGGGGCCUCUCCAGCCCACCUCCAUAGGUUCUGUCAUUCUGCCAGCCCCUUCCUCCUCCCUCAGGCUUUCCCAGCCCCUCCCACCCCGUCUCCGCAGGUUUCUGCCCUCCCUGAAGAACCUCGCCUGGCUUAUCUCGUCCCUUUUACUCCCUCCCCCGCCCCCAGCCUACCCCUCCCAAGAGCCCACACCAGCCGCUUCACCACACUUUCCUUACCCCGUUUGAUCUUCAUCAUUUGGAAACACCUCUGCCUCAUUUCUGAGCUACUGAGCUCUGGUCUGUCUUCUGCAGGGCCAGGUCAGGGGACACUGGCAGGGACUCUAGGUCCUUCAUGCAGGGCCAGAAUCUCACAAGUGCUCAGAAACACUGGAACAGGGCUGGAGUGCUGGCUUGACAGUUAAGGCGCUUGCCUGCAAACCCUAAGGACCCAUGUUCCACUUUCCAGAUCCCACAUCAGCCAGAUGCUCAAACGUGAGGCAAGUGCAGGGUUGCACAUGCCCACUAGGUGGCGCAAGUGUCUGGCAUUCUAUUUCAGUGGCUGAGGCCCUCUCCCUCUAAAAAAUAAAAUUAAAUGCAUUUCUUAAAAAACACUGGAAUAAAAAAGAAUGACUGGUAACCAUGAAAGAGGGACUGAGAAGGAAACGUGCCUAUUACUUUGGAUCUGAAAUGCCCUCAACUAUCUAGAGCCAUAACACCUCGGACAUACCAGAUUGCAUCCAAAAUGACCCCCAAAGGCUCACAUGUCAAAGUCUCAGUCCUCCACGCAGUAGGGUGCAGAGGGAGGUGACUGGAUUGAGAAGGCCUUUGCCAUCUGUGGAUCAACCCACCGAUGAACACGUACCUUCAUGAGUCAUUGGGAGGGGGUGCCUGGUUGGAGGAAGAGGACCAUGUGACCAUGCCCUGACAGAGGUAUCCCAUGCCCUGCCCCUUCCUCUCAAUUUCUGCUUCUCAGUGGCCUUGAGGUAAGCAGCUCUGUCCCCACAUGUUCCCACCAGGAUGUUCUGCCUUCCUGUGAGCCCAGAAACAAUGAACCAAGCAGCCAUGAACUGAGACCUUUGCUCCAAAAUAAAACUUUCCUCCUUCAA